AUGACAUCAAAACUUGAUGAUUUAUUUGAUAAAAAGAAAGAUGAGGCUCCAAUGCUAGAUUUAUCCAAAGUUACAAUAAAUACUGCUGAAGAAUAUCGUGCCGUUUUGGACAAAGUUCCAGACUUUAAAACAAGGCCGGAAAAGGUACGGCCGGAAGAUGUUAAAAUAAGAGAUAGACCAGAAGAUCGGAAAACUAAAACGCCCAAAAAGGAAAUUCGUGCUUAUGAAAAAUUAGGUACGCGUGGUUAUGAAGAAAAGCACUUUACUUUUAUGGACCCGAUACCCGUGGAAAUGCGAGGAUUGAAGUUUGAAGAACUCUGUGCAGUACCGAUUGAAUGGCGGAUGCUCACGUCAAUUAGACCAAAAUCUAAACUUGAUGAAGAGUAUUUCAACAGAUUAAUAGAACUUGGAAAGUCUGAAUUGAAAACUAAAGCCAGGGAAAAGAGGGAGCACGCGAAAAAUAACAUGAUUAGAAAAACUAAAACUCGCUCGGGUGUUACGGAGACACGCAUCGUAUCGUGUGCAGAGUGCGGGGAAGAGUACUGCAAUGGUAAAAUGUGUUUGAUAACAAACUACGAUAUGUUCGCGAGACUUAAACUAGAAGUUGAAACCAAGACUCGCACUCAAGCACCUCCAGCACAACUAAGCAAAAUACGGCGAGUACGGCGGCGGGUGAGAAGGAAACGUACUAAGAGUGCUGCACCAGCCUUUACACGAAAUACCACAACAAAAUCUGGCGCCAGAAGCGAUACUGAACAUUAA